UGGGUUUAUGGCCUGAUAAAACGGAUGCGACCGCACCAAGAAAAGAAGCAACCUUUUUGUUCGCUUUGCUUCCUUGGUUAGUUUCCAAGGUUGCCUUCUUCUUGUGAUCCUCCUUCCACCUGUCUCUUCCUCCCCUUCGCUAAAAAACCUCGCCUUUUUAGAAUUCUAGUUAGUUUUUCGUCCUCCAAAUCCGUCGAGACCCAACAACCCAAGAGGACGCCAUGAGCAUCGAGUACGAUUACCUGUUCAAGCUGCUCCUCAUCGGCGACUCCUCCGUCGGCAAGUCCUGCCUCCUCCUCCGAUUUGCUGACGAUUCGUACAUCGACACUUACAUCAGUACCAUCGGUGUUGAUUUCUGAAUAUGUCACCUUUUCAGAAAAUCCGAACCAUUGAACUCGAUGGGAAGACAGUGAAGCUACAGAUUUGGGACACAGCAGGUCAGGAAAGGUUCAGGACAAUAACAAGCAGUUAUUACCGGGGAGCUCAUGGAAUCAUUAUUGUUUAUGAUGUGACAGACAUGGAAAGCUUCAAUAAUGUGAAGCAGUGGUUGAGUGAGAUUGAUAGGUAUGCCAGUGACAGUGUAUGCAAGCUUCUAGUUGGGAACAAGUGUGAUUUGGUUGACAGUAAGGUUGUUGAUACAGAAGAAGCCAAGGCUUUUGCAGAGUCAUUAGGGAUUUCUUUUCUUGAGACAAGUGCAAAGGAAUCCAUCAAUGUGGAGGAAGCUUUCUUAACCAUGUCGUCAGACAUCAAGAAAAGGAUGGCAACCCAACCUGCCGUGGAGAGGAAACCAACUGUCCAUAUUCACAUGAGAGGCCAGCCCAUUCAACAGCAGAACAGCAGCAGUAGCUGCUGCUCAUCAUGAACUCAACAAGACGCCGUUCCUGUCAUGGCACUAGCCAAAUGUUGGAGGAUUCAUUUCGUCACAAGGCUGGAAAAAAAAGCAUUGGAUUGGAUGAUACUUUAGCAUUAGACAACAUCAUCAUGCGUGCACAAAGUGUUCGUUACUUGCCACAGUUUGUGAUAUCAUCGGUUUGUUAAAACAGUUUAUAAGCCUAAAUUUAAUAUAUAUGAUGCAUGAUGUUGGAACUGAACAUCAUGAUGCUUGAUGCAA